AGUCUUCUUUCUGUAAAGAAGAGAUGGCAGAAUCUGUAAAUGGAGGAAGUGAUGCUAUUCAACCUUUGUUGAUGCCCAAUACUAGGAUUGAUGAUGUUUAUGAAGGUAUUGUUGAUUACAGAGGAGAGAAAGUGAGUAUUGGAUCAGAUAUUGGUGGUUGGAGAUCAGCUCUUCUUAUAAUUGGAGCUGAAUUUGCAGAGACUAUAGCUUUCUAUGGAAUAUCUUCAAACUUGAUCAAUUAUCUAACUGGUCCUUUAGGUCAAUCCACAGUUACAGCUGCAGCUAAUAUCAAUGCUUGGUGUGGUGUGGUAUGGAUGCUUCCGCUUCUUGGUGCUUUCAUUGCUGAUUCUUAUCUUGGGAGAUUUCGUACCAUCUUCUUCUCUUCUCUCAUCUACAUACUGGGACUGGGAUUUCUUACUCUAUCAGUUGUGCUUCCUUCUCUUAUGAGCUCGGAUGAAUCAGUCAGUAAUGAAGUGCAUGAAACCUCUUCUGCUCCUUUCUUGGUCAUCCUUUUCUUUUUCUCAUUGUAUCUUGUAGCAGUUGGCAAGGCUGGAUUUAAGCCAUGCGCAGAAGCUUUUGGGGCAGAUCAAUUUGAUGAACAAAACCCAGAGGAGUGCACAUCCAAAAGCUCAUUCUUCAAUUGGUGGUAUUUUGGAUUGUGUGUUGGUAGUUGCAUUUCUCGCUUCACCUUGACAUAUGUUCAAGAUAAUAUAAGUUGGGGUCUUGGUUUUGGCAUUCCAUGCUUUUCUAUGCUUCUUGGACUCUUUGUUUUCUUGCUUGGAUGGAAAACUUAUCGCUUUCCGGCAGAAGAGAAUAAAGAAAACCCACUAUCAAGGAUAGCUAAGGUAUUUGUUGCAUCUGCAAUGAAUUGGAGAAGUACUGCAGUCUCAACAAGUAACCAAGAGGAAGGAAUCAGAAUGUCAGACAAUCAUAUUCGUGUUGGUGCUCAUCAAUUCAAGUUCCUGGAUAAAGCAUUGAUUGACAUACCAAACUCAGAUCGAAUCGGUUCUAGGAAAGGUAGCACAUGUUGUAGCAUUGAUCAGGUUGAAGAUGCGAAAACAGUUUUACGUUUGGUUCCGAUAUGGCUUUCAUGUCUAACUUAUGCAGUUGUGGUUGCUCAGUCCAUGACUUUCUUUACGAAGCAAGGGAGCACCAUGAACAGAACAAUAAAACAAGGCAUCCAAAUACCACCAGCAUCCCUUUUAAGCUUCAUUCCCUUGACGGUAAUUUUCUUCAUUCCCAUAUAUGACCGGCUCUUUGUUCCUUUGGCUCGACUUAUCACCAAAAACCAGAACGGCAUAUCAACACUUCAAAGAAUUGGUUGUGGCAUAUUUAUAUCUACAAUGUCCAUGAUUUUAGCUGCUUUAAUUGAGAAGAAAAGGCUCCAAACUGCUUUUGACUUUGGAUUAAUCGACAAGCCAAAUGAGACAGUUCCUAUCAGUUUAUGGUGGUUGGUUCCUCAAUACUUAUUGUUUGGUCUUGCUGAGGUAUUUACAAUGGUCGGUCUGCAAGAAUUCUUCUACGAUCAGGUGCCAGAUCAGUUGAGAAGUGUGGGUCUCUCCCUCUACUUUAGCAUUUUUGGCAUAGGGGACUUCCUUAGUGGCUUUAUCAUCUAUGCCAUUGACAAGAUAACGACUGGAGGUAAUCAAGGUAGUUGGUUCUCGAAUAACCUCAAUCGAGCUCAUCUUGAUUACUUCUACUGGUUUCUAGCUGCACUUAGCACAAUAAACUUGGUUGCGUACUUGUAUGUUUCAAAGUUUUACCUUUAUAAGAGAGGAAGUUCGGUGUAAAUAAAUGCAAUUUACCAAUUCUAGUACUUCUUGGUACUUAGUAUUAUUGGAAGAAAGAUUUCGGUGAUCAAACCUAUAAGCCCAAACUCUUGAACAAGUGCAGCCAUGAAUGCUCAGAUACCGUUUCUGUUUUUUC